GCUAAUCUCAGGGUUCUUCUAAUCUUUAUCAUAACCAACUACUUAAUCAACAAUGGUCGCACACUUCACCAUGCAGCACUUGAAGCUCGUACUCUCCACUCAGCACCAUGGUUAUCAAGCUCAGGGAUGCUAUUCAUCGCCCCAUAAUUCACCAACUACCUCCAUGCGUUCUGAAGCUCGCAAUUCAAUCAUGGAUCUGCCACUGGCUGCUGCUUUCGCCGCAGAUAACAUUACAAUCAGCCAUGGCGGUCACGCUUCGGUCUAUGGAGACGGAAAUCAUGAUGGCGCACCUGUUGAUGGCCCUAAGGUGUGGUACUGUAGCGAGUGUGGCGAUGGACCAAUCGGCGAAUGGCAAGUCUCUUGCCAAAAUUGUGGGCACGCUGCUUGUGGCGCUUGUACUAUCGAGUCGACCUGAGAGAUUGACCUUAACUGGAACUCAGCUUUGAACCAGCUAAGCCCCAUGAACGAGUGCUGUCAAUCAAUGGCAGCAGCCUGCCCAACGGUCCAGGCUAAUUUGACCCAAAUCCCCUUUUUCACGACUACCGUUAUCGCUUCGUUACACUCAGA